UACAGCUACUUGUUAGUUUUUAUCACUACAAGAUGAAGUGUGUAGCUGUGUGUGUUUUCGCACUAUUUCAAGUCGUACGUUCUGCCACAAGCCAAACAAGCCAAAAUGAUAUUUGCACCCUACGUGAUACAAACUCUACAGGAAAAUGCACACUGUUCACAAACUGUGCACCAGCUAUUGAAAAUUUACGAAAGGGAGUUAAUUAUCCCCAGAUAUGUCGUUUCGAAGGUCAACAACCCGUAGUCUGUUGUCCAAAUAAUGAAAACAAAGCAGACAGUGAUAAACAUGAAAGAAUGAGUCAAAAAAAAUGCAAGGAAUAUUCGAAUGUACACGAAGAAAUUAUACCUCCGGUGGCUCCUGCAACAGAGACUAUAAGAAUAAGACGGUGUGGACUUGAAAAAAUUUCACUAAUUCCUGAAAGCUUGCAGACAGACGAAUUUCCCUUUAUGGCACUCAUAGGUUAUGGGAAUGACGCGUCUGACUACGAAUGGUUAUCAACGGGUGUUUUAAUCAGCGAGCAACACGUUUUAACUACUGCAACUUUUCUAAGCAAUCCUUCACUUGGACCACCCACCGUUGUGGCUCUAAAUUCCAAUAAAAUAUCAAACCCCGAAACUCAAAACGUGUUCAAAGUACUAGAACUUAUACCACAUCCAGAGUACACCAAAAAAUCUCUUACAAACGAUCUAGCAGUUUUAAAAUUAGAAAAACCAGUCAAGCUCGAUAGAAAAAUUUUCCCAGCAUGUCUGAACACCGGACUUAAAACCCGCAUCGUGUCUGUUGGUUGGGAAAACUAUGGUAAUCAACUAGACUUGGUUAAAGAAUUUGCUUUCUUAUGUAACCACAACCCAAAUAAUAAUUCCAAAGAAAUCUGUGUGGAUUACGGUACUCGACCUCCCUACGAUAAGUCCAAAGAACUUUCAGGCAAAGUUCUCUUAGCGGUCGACAAUGAUGUCUACUGUAUGCACGAUUUGGUGGGAAUUACGAGUCACUACUGGAGAAGAUCAGUCAAAACGAAAAUGCAAUUUGUAAAUGUUUCAGAACACGUGGACUGGAUUGAGCAAACAGUGUGGCCACAAUUGUAACAUCGAUGCAAUGAUUUUUAUUAAAAGUAAUUAAAAUGGAAUUUCGAA